UAUGGGUCCCACACAGACGGGGAGUGUGCGCAAGCCAGUGAUCCACUAGGAUCAUGUCUUCAAUAUUGGAGGAAGUGAUUUAGCACAAUCCUAGAAGAAAAUAGCCAUUCACUACUGUUGAAAAUCUGAACCGAUUCUGGUCUCAGGUUGGGACGGAGGGGCCGGGCCGCCCUUACUUGCUCGGCCGGCUCUAGAACGAGGAUCUACUGUGUUGUAUUGUGAGUUUUCAUCCGCAAAUCGUGGAAGAUGGCCGACGUACCGGCGGAGUGCACCAUCAAAGUGAUGUGCCGUUUCAGGCCCUUGAAUAGUUCAGAGGUGUCCAGAGGGGACAAAUACAUCCCAAAGUUUCAAGGGGAAGACCAUGUGGUCGUCGGGAGCAAACCGUUCCAGUUUGACAGAGUGUUCCAGCCCAGUACGACACAGGAGCAAGUAUACAACGCCUGCGCCCAGAAAAUCGUCAAAGAUGUUCUGGAGGGUUACAACGGGACAAUAUUUGCGUACGGACAGACAUCUUCCGGCAAAACACACACGAUGGAGGGUAACCUCCAUGACACAGAUGGAAUGGGGAUCAUCCCCAGGAUAGUGCAGGACAUCUUUAACUACAUCUAUUCCAUGGACGAGAACCUGGAGUUCCACAUCAAGGUUUCCUAUUUUGAAAUUUAUUUGGACAAGAUUCGGGACCUCUUGGAUGUGUCAAAGACGAACCUGUCGGUGCACGAAGACAAAAAUAGAGUUCCCUAUGUCAAGGGAUGCACUGAGAGAUUUGUCUGCAGCCCAGAGGAAGUCAUGGACACCAUCGACGAAGGAAAAUCGAACAGACACGUAGCAGUUACAAAUAUGAAUGAGCACAGCUCCAGAAGUCACAGUAUCUUCCAGAUCAACGUGAAGCAGGAGAACACCGCUACCGAGCAGAAACUCAGCGGAAAGCUGUACCUCGUCGACCUGGCUGGAAGUGAAAAGGUCAGCAAGACGGGAGCAGAGGGCGCCGUGUUGGAUGAGGCCAAGAACAUCAACAAGUCUCUGUCAUCACUGGGCAAUGUCAUUUCAGCCCUGGCCGAAGGGUCUGGCUAUAUCCCAUACAGAGACAGUAAAAUGACCAGAAUCCUUCAGGAUUCUUUGGGGGGGAACUGUAGGACCACCAUCGUCAUCUGCGCCUCCCCCUCCGCCUACAACGAGUCGGAGACCAAGUCCACUCUCAUGUUCGGACAGAGAGCGAAGACCAUUAAGAACACAGUGUGUGUGAACGUGGAGCUGACAGCAGAACAGUGGAAGAAGAAGUACGAGAGGGAGAAGGAGAAGGGAAAGGCCUUGAGGAACACCAUCACCUGGCUGGAGAAUGAGCUCAACCGCUGGAGGAACGGUGAGAGUGUGCCGGUGGACGAGCAGUUUGACAAGGGGAAGGCCCAAGCUGAGGUGCUGGCUCUGGACAAUGUGCCCAACGACAAGCCUGCCUCCACCCCCAACAUGCCCCAGCUCCGUCUGACUGACGCUGAGAAGGACACGUGUGAGGGGGAGCUGGUCAAGCUCUACAAGCAGCUGGAUGAUAAGGAUGAUGAGAUCAACCAGCAGAGCCAGCUGGCGGAGAAGCUCAAGCAGCAGAUGUUGGACCAGGAGGAGCUACUGGCGUCGUCUCGGCGCGACCACGAUAACCUGCAGUCAGAGCUGAACCGCCUGCAGGCUGAGAACGAGGCUUCUAAGGAUGAGGUGAAGGAGGUUCUACAGGCAUUGGAGGAGCUGGCUGUUAACUAUGACCAGAAGAGCCAGGAGGUCGAGGACAAGACCAAGGAGUUUGAGAUGGUCAGCGAUGAGCUCAACCAGAAAUCGAGCGUCCUGACGUCCAUUGACUCUGAGCUGCAGAAACUGAAGGACAUGAGCAACCACCAGAAGAAGAGGGUCUCUGAGAUGAUGUCAUCACUACUGAAAGACCUGGCAGAGUUUGGCAUCGCCGUGGGCAGCACCGAGAUCAAGCAACACGACGGCAGUGGUCUGAUAGAUGAGGACUUUACAGUGGCUCGUCUGUACAUCAGUAAGAUGAAGUCGGAGGUGAAGACCAUGGUGAAACGCAGCAAACAGCUGGAGAGCACCCAGUCAGAGAGCAACAAGAAGAUGGACGAGAACGACAAGGAGCUGGCUGCCUGUCAGCUAAGGAUCCAACAGCACGAGGCUAAGAUCAAGUCCCUGACAGAGUACCUUCAGAACGUGGAGCAGAAGAAGAGACAGCUGGAGGAGAACAUUGACUCUCUGAACGAAGAACUGGUCAAGAUCAGUGCCCAGGAGAAAGUCACCGCCAUGGAGAAGGAGAACGAGAUCCAAUCAGCCAAUGAAGUCAAGGAGGCUGUAGAGAAGCAGAUCGCUGGUCACCGUGAGGCCCAUCAGAAACAGAUCAGCAGCCUCAGAGAUGAGCUGGACAAGAAGGCGCACCACAUCACUGAACUGCAGGAUCUCAACCAGAAGAUCAUGCUGGAACAGGAGCGCCUCAGGGUGGAACACGAGAAACUCAAGUCUACCGACCAGGAGAAGAGCCGCAAACUUCACGAGCUAACGGUGAUGCAGGACAGGAGAGAGCAGGCCAGACAGGACCUGAAGGGAUUGGAGGAGACCGUGGCCAAGGAGCUCCAGACCCUGCACAACCUGAGGAAGCUGUUUGUCCAGGACCUGGCUACCAGAGUGAAGAGGAGUGCUGAGAUGGACUCGGAUGACACGGGAGGCAGCGCAGCUCAGAAACAGAAAAUCUCCUUUCUGGAGAACAACCUGGAGCAGCUUACCAAGGUUCACAAACAGCUGGUACGUGAUAAUGCAGACCUGCGCUGUGAGCUUCCUAAACUGGAGAAGCGUCUGCGUGCUACGGCUGAGCGGGUCAAGGCCUUGGAGUCGGCGCUGAAGGAGGCCAAAGAGAACUCCGCACGCGACCGCAAACGCUACCAGCAAGAGGUGGACCGCAUCAAAGAUGCCGUCAGGGCUAAGAACAUGGCCAGGAGGGGCCACUCCGCUCAGAUCGCCAAACCCAUUCGUCCUGGCCAGCCUCCAGUGGCGUCCCCCACCCACCCCAACGUGAACCGCGGCGGAGGGGGUUUCUACCAGAACAGCCAGGCCGUGGCCAUCAGGGGAGGAGGAGGCGUGAAGCCAGACAAGAACAUUUGAAGACAGGAGGGGACAUGACCACAGAAGAUGCAGAUGGAUAUCACCCUGGCAACCUGUCAUUCCAUUACAGCCAUUGGCUUCCUGCAGGCUAUAUAUUAGAGAGAGGGAGGAGUUUUAAUAUAAAUAUAUAUAUAUAUUCCUGCCCUGUACAGAUCCACCUACCUUCAUGUUUCUUCUCUCCGGAACAAACAACAACAGCGAAAUGAAUUUAAUAUACCAAACAAAACUCACACAACAAGACACCCACCAACUGCAGAGUACAGUCUUGGUGCAAUGAGCUACAUUUGACUUGAAUGUGUAGCUUUGUUUUUUGUAGCACAGUUUGUUGUCAUCCUCGAUGUCUUAAGGGUUUAGUUUGCACUUUGCCAAUGUGAAUGUACGCUAAGCGGGAUUUCAAAAGAGACGAGGGGGGGGGGGGGGGAAGAAAAGGCGACUGAAACAAAGUAAGAAGAAAUGUUGAUCCUGGUUGUACCACACUUCUUUCUAUCAAUAGAUUUUUACAAGCUUCUUAAGAGGUUUGAACCGAAAUAGAUGGCAUUUUUGAGCACUACUGUCCUGUUGUACAUAUGUAAUAUGGCACCGCGCAUGCUUCCUUAAGAGGUGUUUGGCUUUGAAAUGCCAAGAAGUGCGAUUCCAGUUUAGAUUUAUUUAAUGACAGAGUACCUGUGGUGACCAUUGUUUUUACCGUAAGGAAAAUAAAGCGACACAUACUGGUGCGGUGACGACAUUAAACAGAUGUCAGAAGGAAAGAGGAGUCUGAUCCAGGAGCAAACUUUCAAGCCUGCGUCCCACAUGUCUUUUACUUCUACCAACGGUUUUAAAUGCAGUGUCACUGCUUGGAUGCUAUUUAUUUAUCUGGCCAUUGGAGCACAUAGAUGGCACACACACGCGCUUGUCCUAGCGAGCUAGGUCCUCUCAUCCACUUCACCAUCGUUGUCCUGACCUCUAAACAAACCAUUGGCUGGUGGUGGUUUUAACAUUUUAUUUGUGAAUGAACUGUUUCUAGCACUUUUAUCAAUGGGCUCCUUUCAGUGCCCCCCCCCCCCCCCCCCCCCCCCCCCCACCACACCACUAGUAAUGUCAAGACGAGUGGAGUAAAUACAUUUAGGGGAGCCUCUGUUUAAAUUAAUAUUGGGCAUCGAUAUAAGGCAGGCUCUGACUUUUCCAAAAUCACCCUCUUUUCAUUAAGUCAGGUCAAGUGCACAUGCACUUUUAUUGUGGAUCGGUGUAGUUGUAUGUCUGUCUCACUGUUCUCUAGCUUGACAAGCAUAUCUGAUCUGUAUUGGUUUGGAAUGUUGGAUGGCAGUGUUUGAUUGGCUCGCUCUUGCCACUGAUCAGCCAGUUAGAUGAGCAGGGGGCCUUUGGCUAGGAAGGGGAUUGGUCGCCGUUCAGUCUGCUGGUAAACUAGUCUGGGCACAGCCCUAUGGGCCCUGGUCAAAACGACAUAGGGAAUACAGUGCCGUUUCAGACACAGCCUAUCCGAAAGCAGUGCAUCUUGGAAAGGGGUUUAUUAAUUAUUAAAGUUGUAAUCAGGAGCCAAGGACUUUAUACAUUUUACACUACUUGUCUUCUUGCGUUUAGUUGUUUUAUUUCCGAAUCCCCUUCAAUUAUUUUUCCUAUGUGAGAGUAAAAUGUCUCUCCAACCCUUGUUUUUAUGUCAUUUUGUGUCAAUUCUGAAACAUUUGCUGUUGCUGUGAUUGUAGGCCAGCAUGAAACAAAAACACCGACAUCUUGUGAGUACAAUAGUAUAUAUCAAUGAUAUACUGUUACGUGUGACCAGGGUUGAGUCUUUAAUAGUCUCCAGCCACAGCAAGGUGUUGGUGUUUUAUGUUAUGAACUUUUGUUGUUUUGGAAGGAUUUGACAUAAAAUUGACAUAAGAUGGGAAGAAGAAUUCUGAAGUGCUGACACUCCUGCGCUUAGUGUAAAGUUUAAAACUUAAACUGGGUUAGAAAACACUCCAACUUAUGGUAACUUAUGGGGGUGUAAACCAUCAUUUUCUGCUAUUAGAGGCUAGUUUGGGAGAGGUAGGUAGCCUAUACCUUUGACAGGACCGUGUCUGUCAAGUUUUCAUCUUUGUAACCUUUAGAACAGUAAACGCUUUGCAACAUGGUCUUCAAAGUGCAUAGUACCCUAUCCUUACCUGCCAGGGUUCCACUGUACUCCAUCAAUUGAAUGGAUAUGAAAUGGGAAAGUACAGAAAAAGAACAGCCAUUUGUCCAUGAUGUUUACCAAAUUCAUUUGUUUGCAUUGAUUGUAAAGAAAAGCGUAGCCACUUUAUUACUGUGUAAUAGUCACUUACAUUUAUAAUGGACAGAUAAGGAUUCCAUCAAUGGAAAAAGGUACUGGAUCAUUCCCAGGGCGCGUCCCAAAUGGCACCCUAUUCCUUAUGUGGUGCACUACUUUUGACUGCACGGGGAAAUAGGGUGCCAUUUGGGACGGAUCCAUAGAGACCUGGGGAGGAGGUGGAGGGUUUGUUCAAAGUUGAAUGAUAUCACCAUUUGGGAUUGACUGCAUGAUGUAAAUGUAUGUGUGAUUAAAUAAUUUUGAGGAAAAA